UAGUGUUCUUCUUUGUCGUUCGCUGAGUCACUUCGUGAUCUCUCCCUAGUUGCAGAUGGAUGGAAGAUGAAGCUAGUUGCCUAACCCAUACUUAUUACCUUCCUCUUCCUUCAUAAGUAACCUCAUCAUUCCAGAUGACGUAUUGUCAAUGCUUCGAUCAACUACAAUGAGUGACGAUAAUAUUGAUCAGGAAACUUUUCCUUUACGAAUCCGGAAUUCAAUAAAAGAGGAGCAUUUGGGUUCCCUUGAGGUUGGAAACGAGCCAGACUUCCCCAAGAAGUCGGCUGUACCAGUGGUAUCGGAUGAUGGGUCUCCAGCUGGGUCAUCAACGACCAACCAGGCGCGCCACUCCGCCAGUUCUUCCCUUCUAAAGAGACUCGAGUCUAGUGGUGAUGUUCCAAACGGUUAUCUUGCAGAUGGCCUGAGUGACCCCGGUAGUGAAUGGGCAUCUCCGAACAAGAGACGUUGCCAGUCACGGAAAGACCGACGCGAACCGUCCAGUACCUCCCCUAACCGUCCAAUUAGCAGAACAAUAACUGAAAGUCCAAUACCAACAACUCGAUUUCACGCAAACGAUACCCACUUUCAUAGUGCUUCUACUUAUUCACCUGGCGACCUGGGUAGGAGUGGCGAACCGUCGCAAUCGCACCAUCGUGGAAACAGCUCCAAUCAAGGUUUAACAGAAAGCUCACCUAAACCGAAUGCGAGCCUUACACGGAGCGCUAUGGCUUCCGUGUCUGCACCACCCGAAUCAAGAGAGGGCUUGAGCCAUGGACAGAAGAUUGUUGGAGGGCACUCUGCGGUAGCUGGAGGUAUAGAAUCAACUGGGAUCACCUUACAGCCAGAAACUCAUCCUAUAACAGAAGAUCAAUUAGCCAAUGAGGUACGAGGAAUAUACGCCGGGCUUGUCAUGGUGGAAAAGAAGUGUAUCGAUAUCGUCAAGCAACAAUUUGUCCAGGAAAGCGAGUUAUCCCAUCAGCAAUGGCAAGCCUUGAUCGCCUUACAUCGAACCUUACUACAGGAGCAUCACGACUUUUUCAUGGCUUCGCAACAUCCGUCAGCUAACCUAGCUCUAAGGAAAUCGUCGGAAAAGUACAAUGUCCCGGCUCGCAUGUGGCGCUACGGAAUCCAGACGUUUUUAGAAUUGUUGCACCGUCGACUUCCCGAUUCUCUCGAACACAUGCUGACGUUCAUUUAUCUGGCUUAUUCAAUGUUGACACUACUGCUAGAAACUGUUCCGGCAUUCGAAGAAACCUGGAUCGAGUGCCUUGGGGACUUGUCAAGAUAUGGGGUGGUUAUUGAAGAACGCGGUUUACUGGAUCAUGAGAUCUGGGUCGGAAUCGCAAGAUAUUGGUACAAUAAGGCGGUAGACAAGAAUCCUGAUGUCGGCAGGAUUCAACACCAUCUUGGGGUUUUAGCACGGCCCGAUAUCGUUCAGCAGCUCUUCUACUACACCAAAUCCCUGGUCAGUGUGCGCCCAUUCCCACGCACCAGGGUAAGUAUUCUUCGCUUCUUUAGCCCUCUCUUGCAAGGCCCAAGGGGGACUAGCUACCCUCACGUCACUACUGCUUUCGUGUCCGCUCACGGCUAUCUCUUUACCCAAGCUACUGCAGUUCAUUUUAUUCAAUCAGCAGAUGAGUUCCUGUCCUCCCUGGACAAGCAUAUUCCCCGAGUGGGAGUGAGCUUCAGAGUACAGGGAGUUUACCUCGCUUCCUCUAAUAUUGCGGCCAUGCUAGAAUACAGUAACACCGAUGCUCUCCUAUGCGCUGAGUUCCACCAAGUGGCUGCUCAACAAUCACAGCCUUGUGAAGCCCUCUCUCCUGAGGAAAGGGACCCCAUCGCUGACGCCCACGAGGCCAUGGCUGAUUUUCUUGCUCUUGGGGCUCAAAAAGGGUCUUCUCAGCUGGCUUACGGGUCUUGUCUUGCUUUCGAGACAUUUUCCGUUUUACUCGAGUAUAUUGGCAACAUGAAUCUAUUUCCCGCACUCCAUGUCUCCCUGGCAUUCCUUUGGUGCCUGUCGUCUUCUGCAACCAGUAUGAAGAGUGUCGAAGCUGUAGUUCCUUGGAGCAGAAUUGUCAUCUUCCUCAACACGAUCAUCCAACAAAGCUUUCUGCAAAGAAUGGUUCAGGGUUGGUCGAUCACAUUGGACGAUAUGGAUUUCAACUUGAUUGAAGGAGCCGAGUUUCCUUUCUCUGAUGAGACGAGAUGGAUUCCAGAAGACUUCCUCAUUCGCGGCCAAAUCUGGAGCCAAAACUACUAUCCUCGGUCGUUCUUUGAGAAAUGCCCCACCGACGAAGACGGGCGAAAUGUCGAACGAGAGUCCUUGAGUAUUUCCAGAAUAUACCGGUGUCUUUGGCUGGGUGUGAGGUUGGCGAAGUUUAAUCGCUGGAUAGUAUAUGAUUCUGUUUCGCGAGAAUUUACAGCGACGCCCUUUGCUCGGGAACUUGAGACAGCUCUUAAACUCGAGACGGUUUCUGAACUCGAGAAGACGGUGGAAACCAAACCUGAUAGUGCUCUAUACCUGCUGAGGCAUAGAUUCCGGUUACCUGGUUUACAGGACGGUGUGCCGUGCCCUCCGUCUGUAGAUUAGAAUCCUUAAUACAAUCUAAACAUGGUCUAUACAUGAUUCAUAUAAUUACCUACCAGACACCGCCUGAGCCAUCAUGUAUUGGGUGGCCGCAUAGGCACCUCAAUGACUGUUAGAUGUAUACUGACGAAGCCAGAUCCCGAGAUCCCGAAGGCAUCAGAUGAGCGAAAAGGUGCUCAGUACUCAGGUCAUACUUCGGUGAUUGGCAAUCCCGCUCCAUUCUGGCGUGAUACAACUUACUUCCACACUUUGAACCUUUCGAACGAACCGUUGGGCGUGCAUCAUCCGGCAUUCCAUAUAAUGGGACUUCCUAAAGGAGGAAAAAUGCGGCCUGGGUGGGGAUGAAGGAGGUGAUGGUAAUCUGGGCAGACUGCCAUCGUGCAAUCUAGACCGAAGAAUGAAUGGAAGUAAAUAGUCAUGUAAAAGAUCGUCUAUUGCAACAUCCUGAUUUCAGCUCCUUGAACCGCCUUCAAUAAAUUUCACAA